AUGGAGAACCUGAUCUCAUUGGUGAACAAAAUCCAAAGAGCUUGUACAGCUCUAGGUGACCACGGAGAAGCUAGCGCAUUACCGACGCUCUGGGACUCCCUUCCCGCCAUCGCCGUCGUCGGUGGCCAGAGUUCGGGGAAGUCUUCUGUCUUGGAGAGCAUUGUUGGGAAGGACUUCUUACCACGUGGUUCUGGAAUUGUUACUAGGCGUCCACUUGUUUUACAACUUCAUAAGAUUGAAGAAGGCAGCAGAGAAUAUGCAGAGUUCCUCCAUCUUCCUAGGAAGCGGUUCACCGAUUUUGCUGCUGUGAGAAAGGAGAUUUCAGACGAGACAGAUCGAGAAACUGGCCGCAGCAAACAAAUUUCUAGUGUUCCAAUUCAUCUUAGCAUAUAUUCUCCUAAUGUUGUCAACUUGACACUCAUUGAUCUUCCCGGGCUUACAAAAGUGGCUGUUGAGGGUCAAUCGGAUACUAUUGUGCAGGACAUUGAAAAUAUGGUUCGCUCCUACAUUGAGAAGCCCAACUGUAUAAUUCUAGCAAUUUCACCUGCUAAUCAAGAUCUUGCUACAUCUGAUGCAAUUAGAAUCUCUCGUGAAGUGGAUCCAACAGGGGAGAGGACACUUGGGGUCUUGACGAAGAUUGAUCUUAUGGACAAGGGUACUGAUGCAGUUGAAAUAUUGGAAGGAAAGUCAUAUCGGCUAAAAUUUCCUUGGGUUGGGGUUGUGAAUCGCUCACAAGCGGACAUUAACAAGAAUGUUGACAUGAUUGCUGCCCGGCGUAGAGAACGCGAGUAUUUUACUACUACUCCAGAAUACAGGCACCUUGCUCCAAGAAUGGGUUCUGAGCAUCUAGCAAAAAUGCUUUCUAAGCAUUUGGAAACAGUAAUUAAGUCGAAAAUCCCGGGGAUCCAGUCCCUCAUUAGCAAGACCGUUGCUGAGCUUGAAGCUGAACUGAGUCGCCUUGGAAAGCCCAUUUCUGCUGACGCUGGAGGAAAACUGUAUACAAUCAUGGAGAUAUGUCGUCUAUUCGAUGGAACAUAUAAAGAACAUCUUGAUGGCGUGCGCCCGGGCGGUGAUAAGAUUUACAAUGUUUUUGAUAACCAGCUUCCUGCUGCUCUGAAAAGAUUGCAAUUUGACAAGCAACUUUCAAUGGAAAAUAUAAGGAAGCUCAUUACUGAAGCUGAUGGAUAUCAACCUCAUCUAAUAGCUCCUGAACAAGGAUACCGUCGUCUCAUUGAAUCUUCUGUAAUUACUAUUAGAGGUCCUGCUGAGGCAGCUGUUGAUGCGGUUCAUGCCAUUUUGAAGGAUCUGGUUCACAAGUCUGUCAAUGAGACUCCAGAGCUAAAGCAGUAUCCUGCUCUUAGAGUAGAGGUUACAAAUGCAGCUAGUGAUUCACUUGAGAGAAUGAGAGAAGAAAGUAAGAAGGCAACACUAAAGCUAGUUGAUAUGGAGUGUAGUUAUCUGACAGUUGAUUUCUUCCGUAAACUUCCUCAAGAUGUUGAGAAGGGUGGCAACCCAUCACAUUCCAUUUUCGAUAGAUACAAUGAUUCAUAUCUCAGGCGAAUUGGGACAACAGUUCUGGCUUACGUCAAUAUGGUAUGUGCAAGUUUGCGUAACUCCAUCCCCAAGUCUAUUGUCUAUUGCCAAGUCCGAGAGGCAAAACGAAGCUUUCUUGACCAUUUCUACACCGACUUGGGAAAAUUGGAGACAAAGCAGUUGUCCUCAUUACUGAACGAGGAUCCAGCAAUAAUGGAGAGGCGUUCUGCCCUCGCGAAGAGGCUGGAGUUAUACAGAAGUGCUCAAGCAGAAAUUGAUUCAGUUGCUUGGGCUAAGUAG